UGUGCGAACGAGAUGUUAGCAACUUAGUCCAAAAUGGCGACUGGCCGUCGUCCUAUUCUCCCAAAUGAGCCCUCUUCUCCUUCUUCAAAUGACGUUGGAAGAGAAUUAUUUGAAGCUUGUAGGAAUGGUGAUUUAAGCAAAGUUAAGAAAUUAGUCAAUUCUCACAACGUUAACUCCAAGGAUACCGCAGGGAGGAAAUCUACACCUCUUCAUUUCGCUGCUGGCUUUGGGAGGAAGGACGUUGUAGAGCACCUACUGGACUGUGGUGCUAAUGUUCAUGCCAAGGACGAUGGGGGACUCAUCCCAUUGCACAACGCCUGCUCUUUCGGCCAUGCGGAAGUGGUGCAGCUGCUGCUGAGACAGGGGGCGGACCCCAACGCCCGAGACAACUGGAACUACACUCCACUCCAUGAAGCGGCCAUUAAGGGAAAGCUGGAUGUCUGUAUUGUUCUACUACAGCAUGGGGCUGACCCAAAUAUCAGAAACACUGAUGGGAAAACAGCUCUCGACCUCUCUGACCCAACAGCAAAGGCCGUUCUUACAGGGGAGUACAAGAAAGACGAGCUCCUGGAGGCAGCACGGAGCGGCAACGAGGAGAAGCUCAUGUCACUACUAACCCCUCUCAAUGUCAACUGUCACGCCAGUGAUGGCAGGAAGUCCACACCACUCCAUCUCGCAGCAGGCUACAACCGAACUAGGAUCGUGCAGCUGCUUCUACAGCAUGGAGCUGAUGUCCACGCCAAAGACAAGGGUGGCCUUGUCCCCUUGCACAAUGCCUGCUCCUAUGGACAUUUUGAGGUCACAGAGAUGCUGUUGAAGGCUGGUGCCAGUGUUAAUGCCAUGGACCUGUGGCAGUUCACACCGCUUCACGAGGCAGCGUCAAAGUCCCGUGUAGAAGUGUGCUCGCUGCUCUUGUCUCACGGAGCAGAUCCAACACUGGUCAACUGUCAUUCCAAGAGUGCGUUGGAUGUUGCUCCCACCAGGGAACUCCAGGAGAGGCUACAGUUUGAAUACAAGGGCCACUCAUUACUGGAGGGGUCAAGACAAUCGGAUCUGGCCAGGGUGAAGAAAUAUUUGACAAUGGAUGUCGUCAACUUCAAGCAUCCUUACACUGGGGAUUCAGCUCUGCACUGUGCGGCGGCCUCACCCUUCCCGAAGAGGAAGCAGGUGGUGGAGCAGCUCAUUAGGAAGGGAGCUAACCUCAACGAUAAAAACAAAGACUACUUGACACCACUACAUAUUGCUGGAGAUAAGGCCCACUAUGAUGUGAUGGAUGUCCUACUCAAGCAUGGAGCCAAGGUGAAUGCAUUAGACGGCCAUGGCCAGACAGCGCUGCACCGGGUGGGACAACAGGGUAACAUGCAGGCGUGUAGACUGCUGAUGUCAUACGGCAUCGACCCAAGUAUAGUGUCCCUCCAGGGCUACACGGCCGCCCAGCUAGCCACAGAAAAUAUCCAGAGGCUACUGAUAGAGGACCCCCCAGUCGGAGGGACGGACAUCGACUACCAGUUACUGGAGGCAGCAAAGGCAGGGGAUAUGGAGAUGGUUAAGAAGCUUGUGGCCACGAACCCUCAUGCCGUUAACUGUCGAGAUGUUGACGGGCGCCACUCGACGCCGCUGCACUUCGCUGCAGGCUACAACCGUGUCAGCGUCGUGGAGUACCUGCUGCAGCAAGGAGCUGAUGUACACGCCAAGGACAAGGGAGGACUUGUGCCUCUACACAAUGCAUGCUCCUAUGGCCACUUUGAAGUCACAGAGUUACUCAUAAAGCAUGGAGCGUGUGUAAAUGUUGCAGACCUGUGGAAGUUUACGCCAUUACAUGAAGCUGCUUCUAAAGGCAAAUUUGAAAUCUGCAAGUUGCUUUUGAAGCAUGGGGCUGACCCAAACAAGAAGAAUCGAGACGGACAUACUCCGCUGGACCUUGUGAAGGAAGGUGACCAGGAUGUGGCAGAUCUUCUCCGAGGUGAUGCUGCAUUGCUGGAAGCUGCUAAGAAAGGGAACCUUGCCAGAGUACAGAAACUUGCAUCCCAGGAAAACAUCAACUGUCGGGACACACAGGGCAGAAAUUCUACACCCCUACAUCUCGCAGCUGGUUACAACAAUGUGGAAGUAGCAGAGUUCCUACUGGAGAAUGGAGCUGACGUGAACGCCCAGGACAAAGGUGGACUCAUACCCCUCCACAAUGCCUCUUCUUAUGGGCAUGUAGAAAUAGCUGCUCUACUAAUCAAAUUCAACACCUGUGUUAAUGCUCAAGACAGAUGGGGUUUUACACCUCUCCACGAAGCAGCUCAGAAAGGAAGGACACAGCUCUGUUCCCUUCUGCUUGCCCAUGGAGCGGAUCCCACUAUGAAGAACCAGGAGGGCCAGUCACCUCUGGAUCUUGCAACGGCGGAUGAUGUGCGAGCACUCCUCCAGGAUGCCAUGCCACCAGUGCAGAUGCCCCCCAGUGUCCCCAAGGCGCAGGCCGGGGGAGGCAGCGGCAGUGGCGGCAACCUCACCAGUAGCAGUUCUUCAUCUAGCAACAGUCUUCUCAACAGCAGCUCGGAUGGGUUUGUUGGUGCCGUGGGAGGGAGUCCGCAGGUCGGUGAUGGAUGUAACAUGGAGAGGUCUAUCGGAGAAGGCGAGAGAAGCAUUGAAGCUGUUAGUGUCAUGGCAUUCCUUGGAUCAAUCGGGCUUGAGCAGCUCAGAGAUAUUUUUGAAAAGGAACAAAUUACAAUGGACAUUUUGGUUGAAAUGGGACACGAAGAGUUGAAAGACAUUGGCAUUAAUGCUUAUGGUCACAGGCACAAAAUACUUAAAGGCGUGGAGAAGCUCAUCUCUACAAAAGGUGCGGCUGUUGUUUCGGGUGUGUCCAGCUCUGGGACGGUCCUCAUUGACCUUACACCUGAUGACCCAGAGUACAUCUCUGUGGAGGAACAGAUGCAGAGCACUAUUCGAGACCAUAAGGACAGCGUUGGAGGCAUCUUUAAUAAAUAUAAUAUUCUGAAGAUCCAAAAAGUUCGGAACAAGCGACUGUGGGAGAGGUACUGUCAUCGUCGCAAGGAGGUCGGGGAAGAGAACCACGGACACCCCAAUGAGAGGCUGCUGUUUCAUGGCUCACCUUUCACAAACUCCAUUGUGCACAAGGGUUUCGAUGAACGACAUGCUUACAUCGGGGGCAUGUUUGGUGCUGGGAUAUAUUUUGCUGAAAAUUCCUCCAAGAGCAACCAGUAUGUGUAUGGUAUCGGUGGCGGCACUGGGUGCCCUGUACAUAAAGAUAGAUCCUGUUAUAUAUGUAAUAGGCAGUUAUUGUUAUGUCGAGUGACGCUAGGCAAGUCUUUCCUCCAGUUCAGUGCGAUGAAGAUGGCACAUGCCCCCCCAGGCCACCAUUCUGUGAUAGGUCGACCGAGUACAGGCGGACUCUCGUUCGCAGAGUAUGUGGUAUACAGAGGGGAACAGGCAUACCCGGAGUAUCUCAUCUCAUUUCAAAUAGUCAAGCCAGAGCCUGAAACCAAGAAGUCAUGAUGGCCCAGCAAGACACCUGCUGUUGUAUAAAUUGUACAUAGGACAUUGUUAUUAUUGUACCCCACUGAAAUGUGGAGAUUGUGUGAUUGCCUGACUGUGACCAUGGAUGAGUUACCUCCCUUUAUAUGAUACAUGUGUAAUGCAUAGUGAGCUCACGGUCGGCAUUCUGUUGGAACUUUGUCCAAAUGAAUUUCAAAUUUUGAAACACGGAAAAUUUGUGUAUGUGGAUGCUUUUUAUGUUAUCUUGUGGAUAUUUGUUUUAAUAUUAGUUCAAGUCCGAGUUAAAGGAUAUGAAAGUCCAGCGUAAUUGUCUGUGCUUCUUGAACAAAAUGUGUUUGACUGUUGUUCAUGUGGAUAUCUUUUGUGAAGGAGAUGGUCAUCAUGAAGUAUAUCUGUACUUGAUAAAAAAUUCUCCAUAUGUUCUGACACUUCUGAUGUUAAUUGAUUGGAAAAAAACACCUAACAUCCGUUUUCCCCCAUACAUUUCUGUACAUUUGGAGACGAGGCUAUGAAGGAAUGAAUAUAUGUGAAGAAAAGCUCAAGAUAUUCCUCUCCGUCAGUGAAAGAAAAGAAUUGCGACAAGAUGCUUGAGAUUUUUCUGUCAGUGAAGGAAUAUAUGAUUGUGAUGAGAUGCGUGGACCUGUCUCAGAAAGAAAAUAUAAACCUGAUGGAAUACUUGAGAGUCCUCGCCAUCAAUGAAGGAAGAGUAUGACUGUGAUGAGAUUCCGCUGCAUCAUUUGUGAUAGUGCUGUUAUAAGUUGGGCAUUAUGCUUUGUAAACAGACAAGUCCUGCUCAAGUCUACAAGAUUUAACGUAAGGAGUAAUGAGACGCUAAGAAGUCACUGUGUUUCAUUACAUGUCGCGGAGAUCAUGUGAAGGGUUGCCACUCAGGAUCAUAUAAACUGUAAAAUGUGACGAGACAGAUUUCUGACAACUUUGGAUGUGUGUUGACCGGCCUCGGGUUACAGCCUAGUCAGCCUUGGCCUGUGUUCCUUCCAAAGUUAUCUGGACUUGCCGUGUCUUGUUGAUUUGGGAGGCUGUCCUUCCUGUUGCAUCCAAUGUAAUGUCUUUCUAAAAUACUUUUCUCUCUCCUCUCAACAAAACCAUGCCAUCCUACAACCAAUACACACAACACACCCACAUCCCAUUGAACUUUAUCCUGUAAUGAAUACCCUUUUUGAGUUGCAUCAUGGGCUGACGUCAUGACGCUGUUCAAAUUACAUCUAUUCUGAUAAACAAGAACCAGUUCUUUCCAAGGUAUUCUAUGAUGUUCGCUAACAGAGGAAAGGCCCCGACUGUACUUUAUCCUCAAUAAAGUACACUUUCCGAGUUAGUCAUUAUAUGCUGACAUCAUGAUGCCAUUCAAAUGGCCUCCCCUGACGAUUGUCUAACGUAUUCUGUCAUUACUGUCAAUCAAGAUCAGUCUCAGCAAGACGGUCAGUUUUUAGGUUGUCAGAAAUCUGUUGUGAGAGAACUUGUGUGCGAAGACUGAGGAGUGGUUUUAUAUGUGUUGUCUUGUGGAUCAAUUCUUGCUGGUGAAUCUCCUAUCUCUCUUCUGUAUGUUCUCUCCUUGCUUUUCUCUCUGUCUUGGUAGUAUGUCAUCCGUUCAUUCCAAAUUGGUUACAGCCAUAGCUUACAUGACGUGCCAUUAAAAAGCUUUGUGAAAUUCAUGCUGUUAGUAUUGUGAUUUCAAGAACUGUUUGAGAGUCAAGCAUUUCAAUAUUUUCACUCUUUUUACAGAUCGUAAGAGAUGUAAGGAAUCAAUUACUGCUUUAAUAAACAUUUUUAUAUGAAGAUUUUGUUUUUGUAACUUGAUAUUUAGCGCUAGUAUAGGUGGUUAUGACAAUGCCAAAAUACUGACAUUACUUUCAUCAGGCCAGUGAUAGAAAACUGAAAUUGCCCUAAUUGCAUUACCGUACAUUGUGUUUGUGUUCAGAUAAAGAUUUAUAUCAUUUUUGUCAAAUAUUUCAACAUUUGCUGAUCAUUUGUUUGUUUACUUCCAUAAGAGUGUAAAUGUUGAUUAAAUACAAGUAAUUAAUAGCUCCAGUGAAUUGGACUUAUAUUCCAUAAAUUGUGUUGUUCUAGAUGGAUUGCUGUGAAACAGCCAGGGUAAUUUGCACAAAGCCGUCUUACUGCUACGAUUAUCUUAUGUUACUGCUUUCAUAGCACCAAAAUAGCUUUGGAUCUUAGCACUUUGGACACAAUAAACCCCAUUCCUAACAUUGUUUUCUCACGUUAAGCCGUCACACCGUGAUAAAACUGGAAUAAUGUUCAAAGCGGUUUAAGGGGCGGUCGGGUAGCCGAGUGGUUAAAGUGUACGCUUGUCACGCCAAAGAUUCGGGUUCGAUUCCUGACAUGGGUACAAUGUGUGAAGCCCAUUUCUGGUUUCCCCCGCCGUGAUAUUGCUGGAAUAUUGCUUAAAGCGGCAUAAAACCAUACUCAUUCACUCAAAGCUGUGUUAAACUCACUCACAAAUUGCCAUGAUAAUGCUAAGUUUGAAAGCUUUCAAGCUCCGUUCCACAAAUCUCUGAUUUUAGUAAAUGUCUCUUGGGCAUGGGAAAUAAAUUCAUGUGCAAUGACUGUUACGACUCCCGUAAUUUAAAAUAAAGCCGCUGGAGCCUUGGACUCCUACAAAGAGAACUUAGUUCUAAGACAAAUCAAACUCCUAUUCACUGAAAUUAUUUCAGUACUGACACUAAAAUCACUUUGUAUGACAUGGUGAUCUUAGGGCUAAGACUUGCUCUAAUUCCCAUCUUUUUAAUUCAGUCAUUGUGCUAAGAUUGUUUUGUGCAAUUGGGCCCUGGUCCUGUCCCACAAAGAGGUCUAGUGCUACAACGAUUGUCAGCCUCACUCUAAACAGACUUACGAUCAUCGUAGUGCUAAGAUGGGUUUAUGUAUGAAUGUUGGCCCUGGCCUACAAGGAAGUCUAAGCAUGCUUAGUGCUACAAUUGUCACCUUACUGUAAGAUUGACUUACAAUCAUCGUAGCACUAAGAUGAGUUGGCUCGAGUUGGCUCAAGUGGGCCCUAGCCUUGACCUACAAAGAGGUAUUAGCAUUAUGACCAUUGUCCACCCCUACUCAAACAUAGACAGUCAUUGUAGCGCUAAGAUUGUUUAGUGCAAGUGGACCCUGGACUUCAGUCUGCAACUAUGAUGUUUGUGACACCAGCCAUGUUAACAGUUGAAAACUGCCUGAAUGAUGAAGUGUGUGUCAACUUACGAUGCAGUUACUUUGAAUCCUGCCAGCUACAAACAGCCUGUCGAAUGGUGACUGCUUGUUACCCAUGGCUUACUAUAAAUACUCUGCCUGUUCUCUUGUAAGAAGACCUGAUGUGGUGGCAUUGAGGUGUUCAUUUUUGAGAUUCCACAGAGUUAUUAAACCCAUCUGUAUUGUUUUUUUAUGUGGUUCCAUAGCAACAAAAGCUUCUAAUUUGAAACUGAUCAGUAACCUGCAUACAUGGGCAUUUUAGCAUUUCCUCGUUUUGAGGGAUUGAGAAGUUAAUGACAAACUUAUACAUGGAACAAAGCCAUAUGUUUCAACACUGCCAUUUUGUGGUCAGUACCUCAAUUCAUUGAAAUGAUACUUAAUCAUGAAUUUUAACAAAAGAAAUAAAUUAAUGACUACUGGAUUCAACUGAUUAUUUCAUCAUCAGAUAUAGGGACCGGCAAUUUGAUAUUUGGUAUGUAGGUAGGGGCGAUGAACAAUUUUAAGAUGCUGGGUUUGUUAUAAAACAUGCUAAAACUUUUUUCAGUUUCCUUUUUGUUGCAAUUUUGUUUUUAAAAAAUCAAAAUUAUAAGUCAACCUUAAAAAAAUAAUUAUUUCCCCUCUUGCAAUUUGCGACUUGAUAAUGAAUAUCUGUAAGGCAAAUAUUGGUAUGACCUAAUUUAUUAGUUCUAUGAUAUCACAGUAUAUAUUUCCAUCUGACAUCCAUUAAGAGGUGUGAAAUGUACAGCAUCACUGGCCAACUGAUGAUGGAAUGACGAGGAAAUCCAUGAAUAUCAAUGUGUCUCUGUACAAUGCUUCUGUUGUAUGUCUGUUUGUGUAUGUUAUGUACAAGGAACGGUACUGAUUGCACUACCCUCAGUUGUCAAUUAUGUUAUAUAGCUGUCAAAUGCUUAUUUGUAGUGGCUGCAGCAAUAGCUCCACUUUGCUCAUUUCUCUGUAUGACUAGCUUCGCUGGAUAAACACUGUUGAAAUGAACACAAUUGUGUUCCAUUAGGUCUUGUCACUUCAAGUGCAAAAUCGGAUAGGGUAAUGUUUGUUAAUAACUUGGGACGUUUUCUCUAGACUCGUUAAUUUCUCUAUUUGAUCAUUACUCAAUAUUGCAAUUGUUCCUUUGUGAAAAUGUCAAAGGCUAGGUAUGGUCAAUAAUGCUGUAAAAUUGCAUUUGACAAAUACGGUAUACAGAUAUUGCUUUAGAGAAUGAUGGAAACAAUGAAACUUUAGAUGAUUGAUUUGUUUAUGGUGCAGGAUCCACUUUACUCUUUGAUUGUCAUCAACUCGUUUCAUUGUCAAUACGGGGCGGUCGGGUAGCCUCGUGGCUAAAGCCUUCGUCGUCACGCCGAAGACCCGGGUUCGAUUCCCGACAUGGGUACAAUGUGUGAAGCCCAUUUCUGGUGUCCCCCGCCGUGAUAAUGCUGGAAUAUUGCUAAAAGCGUCAUAAAACCAUACUCACUCACUAAUUGUCAAUGCCUUUGUAAGGUACUGGCUCAAAUGAUAAUGUAGAGAACUUUGUUGAAAUUGAGAAGUCUGGAGUAGGAUAACAUUCUUUCAGGCAACCAUGUUCUGAUUAAAGGGACAACAUUUUGAAACUAUGUUCAAAAUCCUUUCAUAUUUGGCAUAAGGCAGUGGUGGACACCAAUAAUAAUAUUGUUUUUAUUUCACAAUUAUUUACCAGAAAUUUCCAUGGUAAUUUUAAAAUGCCAACCGAGAAUAAAGGCCACUUACUGAUUUAUAUUGAACCUAAUGGUUAAUAAUGCAAAUUUUUGAAACUUUUUUCCCAUCAAUUCCAAGUGUGAGUUUGGAUGGGUAGAUUGUUAAGAGUAAUAAAUGUCUUUUUACACCCUGAACUUGAAUGUGGUAAAUGAAAAAUAGAAAUAAUUACUGUAACUGGCCUAUCGUUGUGGUACAAAAUAAAAUAUCUUAAAUAAAAACUGUUACCCGCAUACGUUUGUGCCACAACAUCUUUAAUAUAUGCUGUUACUAGCAGACACUUGACUGGUGUCUCUUCCUGUUUGUUACACUGAUCAGCUGUUAACCUUUUAAAUGUAUGUACAACUGAUGUUCUCUCUCAUGCUUCUUUGAAGCUAGUCACUCAGUGAACUGAAGCUAUACCAAUUGUUGCUUGUCAAUCAUUGUUUGGUGGAAAUUAUAUAAAACAACAAAGGGGGUGCACAAUAAAAUGUGUUUGUGUUUAA